AUGGGAGACGGAUGCAUAGAAUUGCCUAUAUAUAGUAUCUAUAUUAUUGGAGCUGGAUACUUAUUGAUGAUCGUUGCUAUAAUAUAUUUAUUGUGUAAAAUUUACUACAAAAAACGAAAUGUAUACAAAACAUUAGAAUCUGUUACUACUAAUAAUAAUGAGAGCGAUGAUCAUAUAACAUCUACUACAAAGCAAGAUCUGGAAGGCAUAUUUCGUCAGGCUACAUAUAAAUAUAUUCUAAAAGAUGUUGACGAACGCGACAACUCAACGGAGACAAUCGAUACAUAUGAUGAGUUGAGUCACAAUGGUGAUUUUAAGAAUCAUGAUAAAAUUUCACAAAGUAAACAUCGAGCUGUAGAAAUGAUUACAAAUACUAAUCCAAAUGUCGUGGCUUUAAUUUCACCGGAACAAAUGAAACAAGUUGUUCAAAAAGUACUCAAGAAGACAAAGUCAUCGAAUAGCAAUCUUAAAACUAGCGAAUGCGAAAAUGAAAUUAUAAUAAAUGAAGAAAAUGUUCAAAAAUUAUCAGAAAAACGAUUCAAUAACAGAAAAUCAGCAUCUAUUUCUGAUAUAUAUGAUGUAGUUCGAAGUCCUAAACCAAUAAGAGUAAAGAUACUAAGUUUUGAUGACAGUAUAUUACUGAAUAAGAGAAAGAAAAGUUGUAUUGUAAUACGUGAUACGUGUACUGGAUACGACUUUCCAUGGUCGAACAGAAAAACAUACGAAAAUGCACACUUGAUACCU